AGAGGAAGCAAAAAAAAAUCCAAGUGAAAGUGUGAAACUAGCACUUGCUAGCAAUGCGGGUCAACUGCGGAUCGAUUUAAGUCAACCUUUUUUCUUUUUUCGGGUUGAAAAAAAAAAGAGAGAACUAGCGGACUUCCCUCCACCUUGAGUUCCAAUCCAUGUCCUCAUCCUGCGGCCUGGAAUUGGAACUCAUCACAACAACGAAAAAAUAAAAAGCAGAUGAUGGAAGUGGUUCUGAGUUUGAUGCUAAUUAGCAGUGCUCAUUUUCUAUUAACUGAAGAGAGCCAAAACGACAGCGUAUCAUCCUCUUCUGGAGGGAACGAAAGCUACUGCGACUUCCCUGGAAUUUGCGGACCCAAUGGGAACUGCGAUGUUAAUAAGCCGCUAGCUUGUGGAUGCUUGGAUGGUUUCACACCCAAGUCUCCCACUGCCUUCGAUAGCCUCGACUACACGCACGGCUGCGUCAGAAAGAAACCACUCAAUUGUAGCACCGACGUGUUCGUUGCCUAUGCUGUGUUCCAAGAACCCACUGGCACGUCUUAUUAUCAUUCUUUCUUCAACCAAAGUUCGGAAGCCGAGGGUUGCAAGGAGAAAUGCAAGAGUAAUUGUUCUUGCAUGGCGGCUUAUACAGAAAUUGGGAGUGGUGAAUGCAAAUUGUGGAGUGGUGAUCUGUUUGAUGUUAGGGUCAUACAGGAAGGACGCCAAUAUCUUUAUAUACGAAUGCCUGCUUUAGACCAUGCAGAGCCCGGAGGCCGAAGUCACCGGCGCAGCGACCAUAAGGUGGUGGGAGUAGUUGUUGGCAGCGCCGCUGUUGUGAUUUUGGGUAUGAUCUUGGCUUCUUGGUACAUGCUCUCCAAAAGAACAGACCCACAAGCAUUGGGAGAUGUAAGGAUUGGUGAGAUGCUUAGUCAUGCCAAUGAACAAGAAGGGGAUCUGGAGCUUCCAUUACUUGACCUAUCAAGAAUAGCUAUGGCUACUGAUAACUUUUCUCUCAAUAACAAGCUUGGAGAAGGUGGUUUUGGACCUGUAUACAAGGGCGUAUUAGAUGAUGGACAACAAAUUGCUGUAAAGAGACUUUCAAGUAGUUCUGGACAGGGUUUAAAUGAAUUUAAAACUGAGGUCAAACUAAUAGCCAAACUUCGACACCGUAAUCUUGUAAAACUUCUUGGUUGUUGCAUUCAUGAGGAAGAGAAAUUGUUGGUAUAUGAAUACAUGCCUAACAGAAGUUUAGACUAUUUUAUUUUUGAUCAAAUGCGAAAGAAGACUUUGGAUUGGCCUAAGCGCUUUAACAUCAUUUGUGGAAUUGCUAGGGGCUUAUUAUAUCUUCAUCAAGAUUCAAGACUAAGGAUUAUACAUAGAGAUCUUAAAGUAAGUAAUGUUCUAUUAGAUAGUAAAAUGAAUCCAAAGAUUUCAGAUUUCGGUUUAGCUAGAAGUUUUGGAGGAGAUCAAAGUAAAGGAAAUACACAUAGAGUAGUGGGAACUGUUGGAUACAUGGCACCUGAAUAUGCUGUUCAUGGAAAUUUUUCGGUAAAAUCUGAUGUCUUUAGUUUCGGUAUUUUGCUACUCGAGAUAAUAUCAGGAAGAAAAAAUAGAAGAUUUUAUUAUCCAAGUUCCAAUGCCAACCUAUAUGGACAUGCAUGGGAUCUAUGGAAACAAGGAAGGUCAUUAGAAUUGGUGGAUGAAUGGUUGAAGGAGACAUGGAAUGUGUCUGAAGUGCAACGUUGCAUCCACAUUAGCCUCCUAUGUGCACAACAGCAUCCCCAAGAUAGGCCAACCAUGUCAUCAGUGGUUCUCAUGCUUGGAACUGAAAUUGAUUUACCUCAACCCAAAUAUCCUACGUUUUUUGUUGCUGAAUCUUCUGAAGGCACAAGUUCCUCCUCUUGUAAAAACGAAUUGAGCGUUACAGAAUUGGAACCUCGAUAACAAAUUAAACAUCAUAUAUAGAUUUUUUCUUUAAUAAAUUAUGUUUGGGCAGCAUAUUUACUAG